AAAACGUCGUCAUAACACUACACCCAAGUCCCCUAUCAUCGAGGGUCCUAUUUUUAUUGAGUCUUUAGAUAUGGAUGCCAAAGGGGUGGCUCGUUUGAGUGCGCCUAUCACCACCAUAGAUCAACUUGAUGAUAAUUGUGGUUCGGAUGAUGCUAUGACCGCUUUUGAUACUGAAAAUGGGUUCAUUGACGAUGUUUCACUUGACCAAGCAACUUCACAUAAUCAUAAAAAGGUUAUUUUUAUUCGCGAUGCCCUACCUGGCGAAACGGUGCUCUACCAAACUGUGCGUCGCAAAAAAAACUUUGCUGAAGCGAACUUAAUUCAAGUCCUCAAAGCGUCAAGCAUCCGUACCCAGCCACCUUGCCCUUAUUUUGGUGUGUGUGGUGGUUGCUCUAUGCAACAUAUUGAUCAUCAAGCACAAGUCGCUAUUAAACUCAAAGUUCUCGAGGACAAUUUAUGGCAUAUUGGUCGUGUUAAAGCUGCCCAAAUCAUGCCACCCAUUGUUGGUUUACCUAUCGCCGCGCAAAUUCCUCAAAUCGAGUUUGCCGUGGGUGAUCGCUCAUUACCGCACUAUAUUGCGCUUGUGGUACGGAUUUUGGCGCCGUUAACGAUGGAUGAUGAGACACGACUCAAACAGUUUGCGGACAAUCACCCUGUACAAAUUUGGCUUCAAAUCAAAAACCCAGAAGAUGCGCAGUUGUUUUAUCCCCCUGCUGCAAAACUAUGCUACACCCUACCAGAAUUCUCGGUAACCAUGCCUUUCAAACCGAUUGAUUUUACGCAGGUUAAUCACCCGAUCAAUCGUGUCAUGAUCCGUAAAGCCAUCACAUUAUUAGAUAUUGCACCAUCACAUCGUGUAUUAGACUUGUUUUGUGGGAUAGGUAACUUUACCUUGCCCUUAGCCAGAAAAAGCCAUGCUGUUGUCGGUAUUGAAGGCAGUCAAUCAUUGGUUGAUCGUGCACUGGACAAUGCAAAGUUUAACCAACUUGAUGAUCAUACGACUUUUUUUGCUAAAAACCUUUUUGAAACCAGUGCCGAAGAUGUUGCCCAAUGGGGCGCUUUUGAUCGCUGGCUCAUCGACCCGCCGCGCGAAGGGGCUUAUGCUGUUGCUAAAGCCUUGUCUAUUUUGCAUCAAGCACGUUUCCAAGGUUUGCCAGAAAAAAUUGUUUAUAUCUCUUGCAAUCCUGCUACCUUAGCCCGUGAUUGUGGUGAACUGGUCCAUCAUGCGGGUUACCAAUUAACAGCGGUUUCAACGAUCAAUAUGUUUCCUCAUACCUCACACGUCGAAUCGAUUGCCCUAUUAACUCGCCCUACU